AUGUCAACGUCAAAGCGACCACCCACCGUAGCUGAAGAAUAUAGUUGGACUGAAUCGUUAUCUAAAGCCCUCCGUGCUGGUAGCGAUUGGUCAGACAAAGAUGAGCUGCUAGAUGUUGUAUAUUGGGGAAAGCAGUUAUUAUCGCUGAUAAUUGGUAUCGCGUUUGGCGCUUUUUCAAUGCAUGGCAUAUUGGCUAUUCUAGCCUACAUAGCAGUAUCAACCAUGGUAGCUCAGCAUUUCGUGGUAAAAUUUCAACAGGUAGAUGAGGACGAUGUAGGAGGAUUCUGGGAACUAGCUAAGGAAGGAUUCGGAUCCGCUUUUGCAACAUUCAUGGUUGCGUGGAUCACUGUGUAUUCGGCUGUUUACCAAAGUUCUUCAUAG